CGCCCUUAAGAUUGACGCACGCCCCCUACGUAGGCCCGCGAGCCGCACCCCGAACCAUGGCUCAUCAAACCGGAAUCCACGCUACCCCGGAGCUGAAGGAGUUCUUUGCAAAGGCUCGCAAUGGAUCUGUCCGGCUCAUAAAGGUCAUCAUUGAAGAAGAGCAGCUGGUGUUGGGAUCACACAAAGAACUGAAACAUGCCUGGGACCAAGACUACGAUGCGUUCGUUCUUCAACUCCUUGAUGAAUCUCAGCCAUGUUACAUUCUCUAUCGGCUGGAUAGCCAGAAUGCUCAGGGGUAUGAGUGGAUCUUCCUCUCCUGGUCACCUGACCAUUCCCCGGUGAGGCUGAAGAUGCUGUAUGCAGCUACAAGAGCAACUGUCAAGAAAGAAUUUGGCGGGGGACACAUUAAGGACGAAAUCUUUGGAACACUAAAGGAAGAUGUUGCUCUCAGUGGCUACAAGAAACACGUCUCCUCGUGUGCAGCCCCAGCUCCUCUCACUGCAGCAGAAAGGGAAUUACAGGCAAUCAAGAUAAACGAGGUGAAAACUGAAAUCAGCGUAGAGAGUAAACAACAGACCCUGCAAGGACUCUCCUUUCCUUUGAGGCCACAAGCGGAGGAGGCAAUCCUGCUCUUAAAACAGAAGAAAAUCAAUUAUAUUCAGCUGAGAUUGGAUCUAGAAAAGGAGACUGUAGACCUGGUCCAUACAAAGCACACAGAGAUACAAGACCUUCCAGGAAGAAUACCACAAGACACAGCUCGUUACCACUUCUUUCUCUACAAACACUCUCAUGAAGGAGACCACUUGGAAUCUGUAGUGUUUAUCUACUCCAUGCCGGGCUACAAAUGCAGCAUUAAAGAGCGAAUGUUGUACUCUAGCUGCAAGAAUAGACUUCUGGAUUCUGUGGAACAGGAUUUUCUAAUGGAGAUUGCCAAGAAGAUUGAAAUUGAAGAUGGCGCUGAACUUACGGACGAAUUUCUGUACGAUGAGGUUCAUCCUAAGCAGCAUGCCUUCAAACAGGCUUUUGCCAAACCCAAAGGACCUGCGGGUAAACGUGGACAAAAGCGUUUAAUUAAAGGUCCGGGUGAAAACGGGGAGGACAGUUAAACACAGAAUCAACAUGGUCGUUUUUCAAAAUUGCAGAUUGUCCUUUUACAAUAUUCAGGAAGUGUUUUGGUUCAUUUGCUUUUCUACAAUGAGACAAGAGGACCUGGUGUGCGGCCCCUGGAGGGGAUUCCUGCUUACCUCUUCUCUAGUUACAUAGGUUUGUUACAUUGAGAUGGUCCGGACUGUGUUUAUUUUUGUUGUUUUUUAUUUUAAGCUUCUGCAUUAGCACCCGUUCUUCCCGAGCUUGCCUAUAAUACACAUUUCCUGUGCCAAUUUCACAAUUUAGUUGGACAAUUUCACAGGUAAUACAUAUUUACUGUACCUGUUUCAUGCCAGUGGGGACAUUACAGUGCCUACUCCAUCUGUAUAUACAAAGGCAACUUGGCCAGUUUAUUGAAUUGCAAGUCACUUGGCUUCCCUACUUUUGUUGUGUUCGUUUAGUAACAUGCCCUCAGUAUGCCCUGUGCUGGUCUGCCUGUGUUACAGUGUUGCUGUAAUUUACAUUUCUGGGCAACAGGUAUCAUCCAGCGUUAAUUAAUAUGUAUUCGACCCAAAUGUUAAAGUGCAAUAACAUCAAGGGACAGAGAGACUGGGCUACACACCCCUUGGGAACAGCAAGGGUUAACAAAGGUCUGCCCUUUCUCCUCCUUGGUGCUGAAAUGACAUAACACUGCACUUGAAUAGAUAGGUUGGCUCUCCAUGCUUUAGCUUGGCACAUAUUACAGUCCUUCUUAUGACAUCUCAUACUGUUACAUUAGUCCCUGGGAGUGAUGAUGCACAUUCCAGACAAAAACAUUAACAACGAUCAUAGUCUACCUGGAGGGAAAUAAAUUGUCAGUAUAUUCUUACCCUUAGCUCGAAAUUUUCUAUGAAUAUAUAUUAAAAAACAAAUAAAAAAAGGGAAUAAAAGUGAUACUUUUUUUAAAUA